AUGACUCAUGCUAAACGCUCAUUGGUUGAGACGAAUCACGUGACGUACGACCUUGGCGAUUUGACCUUGAUAGUGCCGGAAGGAAGUGCAUUCAUGAAGAAAGACAUGAAAGCGCCGAGCGACGAGGUCAACGGACGAAUAAAAAAUAAUGUGGCAGCCAACGUCUGCGCAAACAAAAACAACGAUAAUAAUAAUAAUAACAAUAAUAAUUAUAAUAACAAUAAAAAUAACAUUAUCGUGAAAGAUGAUAAUGAGUCUGAUGAUGAAAGUAGCAUUAUUAAGGGGCAGGUAAUAAGCGAUGUCCUCAAGGCAGCCGAUAGUCACAAUGACUCUGACGAUGUGAAUAAUUUAGUUAGAUUGACACUUAACAGGGACACGCAAGUCGAAACAAUAAGCUCUGACGGACAGGCAACAAUUCAAUUAUCGCCAACUAAUCAACAACAACAUCAACAACAACAACAACAGUAUCAACAACAACAGUAUCAACAACAAUAUCAACAAAAACAACUUUAUCAGUUAUACUUUCCAACUAAAAACAAGCCCCUCCAGCAGCAAUACACGUCUUCAAUUGUUUCCAACGACAACAAAAAGUCAACAUUAAAAAAUUCUUCACUGGCAAUUGCAACAUCAACGACAACACCAACAAAACAUUUUACGCAAACAACAACAACGACGUCGUCACCAUCCUUGCAGCAACAACUUCAGCCACAACAAAACGCACCACCAUCAACUGCAUUCCACGAAACGGUCGCCAUCAGCAGCGGGAAAGCAUCCAUCGACGUUCAACUAUUUGCUUCCGACAGACGUAUGUGCGCAACCGGAAAAAGUAAUAAUCUUUUAGCCGGAAGUAAACACUUGAACGCGCUCUUAAUGUCUGCCGGAAAUGAAUAUCCAUCGGGAAAAGAUAUUAAAAACACAGAACGUCGACGACGAGAGUUGUUGCAACAUCAGCAACAAGUUCAGCAACUGCUCAGCAACCAAAUGCAACGCAAAUUACAACAACAACAUGUUUUUCAACAACAACAACAAUUGAACUUGUUGACGCAACACAAACAACAACUUCAACAUCAUUUCUACCAACAACAACCUCAACAACAGCAACAACAAUUAUUUUUCUACCAACAACGACCUCAUGUAUUUCAGUCGAUGCAACAAAUUUAUUCAACCCUGCAACAACAACAACCGCAACAACAACAACAUCUCUUCAACAACAACAACAACCUUUGGAUCCACACAAAUUCUCCUUCAUUGUGCAGUUUAAGUGAAUAA